CUGUGUCUAAUGACGAUUUCCCUCUUCGUGGGUUCACUGAAUGCGGCAUGUUGCACGGAGGGCGAGACCAAAUGCGAUGCGGAUGAUUGCACCAAGUACCAGGUCUGCUGCCACGGGGAAUUCGUGUCCAAGUCCUGUGAAAGCGGAUACUAUUGGAAUUCGGGGGAGCAAAAGUGCGACGAGGAUAACGGCGAGUGCAAGCCGCCAACGUGUGUGGAUGGAGAAAUCGAGGCGAAUCCCGACGAUUGUGCCGGGUACUUGGAGUGCGUGAACGGAACCGUGGUGAUCCUCACCUGCCCGGAUGGAGAGUACUUCAAUGCGACCGAGAAGCAGUGCCUCCUCGACACCUGUGGAGUGUGCGUCAACUGCACCGAGGGAAGCAAGAAAGGAGACCUCACCGACUGCGCCAAGUUCCAGGUGUGUGUUAACGGAAAGUAUGUGUCCCAAUCUUGCGGAACCGGAUAUUACUGGAACGCAACGGCAAAGGAGUGUGCGUUGGACGAGGGCCAAUGCAAUGGCCCACCACCGUGCACAGAUGGAGACCUUCAGAAGGACCCAACAGAUUGCGCCGGUUACUUGGCGUGUUCGAAUGGCAACUGGGUGAGCAAGCAGUGCCCCGAGGGAUCUUACUGGAAUAUCGACUGGAAGAUUUGUGUUGUCGACACAAAUGGAACUUGUGUGAACUGUACCGAGGGAGCUACAAAGCCGGCCGACGACUGUUCCCAGUACCAAAUUUGCUCCGGUGGAAAGUUUGUGACCAAGUCCUGCCAAGACGGUUAUUACUGGAACAAAGACGAAGCAAAAUGUAUACAGGAUGAUGGUACUUGCAAUGGCAAUGGAACAUCGUGUACUGAAGGUGCCAUUAAGGUGGAUCCUUCGAACUGUGCUGGUUACCUGUCCUGUUCGAACGGGAGCUUUGUAAGCAAGCAGUGCCCCGAUGGAGCUUUCUUCAAUACCACGUUGGAGGUUUGUCAAGUCGACAUUACGAUAACAUUUGUGUAAACUGUACCGAGGGGGCAACAAAGCCUGCCGACGACUGUUCCCAGUACCAAAUUUGCAC